AUGAUUGUUUUAGAUCAGGACCCUACAAUCUUGAGGAAAGAAGGUUUCAUUCGUUUGUUGUCCAAAUGCAUUCCGCAAUACAAACUUCCAGACGAAACUGUUUUUUUUUUCACGGAAGUGAUUCCCGGCAUGUUUAAAAAAAUAAGAAACAAAGUUGAAUUAGUGUUGUCUGGAAUUAACAGUGAAUGGAUCAGUGUAACUGUUAGUAGAUUUAUGUGCAAUGUCACUACUAAAAUUUGCUUACUAGUGACAGUGUAUUGGCUAAGUGCAGAUUUUCAGCAACAUUCAGUUUUCCUGCCAUCGACUGACAUUUCCGGGACUCUUGAUCGCCUACCCAAAGUAAUGGAAAAAAGAAUCUUGUUUCACGGAAUUCUAAAUAAUUGCAACGUGCAAGAUGUCGUGAUAGAAUGCACAAAACUUUUCACUCAUUUUCAAACGUUUCCAGCUGAUCGCCUAAAAUUAAUCAAAAUACUCGACGAUGAAAACGUGCAAUCCGGUUAUCUUCACGUAAACAGGGCAAUCGAUACUUUCAUGCAAGGAGGUUCUACGACGAGUUUAUCGAUUCUGAUAAUAUUAAGUCACCUGAUUGUCAUAGAAAGUGGCAUAAAAAAGUGGGCUGAGGAAGACAACACACAAUACAUGUUGUCAACUCUGCAGUGGGAGCUCAUAGGAGAUGUGGUAGGAUUAAAGGAUGGAUUUGAAAAGGUUGGAACGAAAAUGCUUUCUUCGACAUCUAUGAUAUCAGAGAUCAUACCUGUACUAGUACUCAUAAAGAGUUACAUACAGAAACGGAAGUGCAGUAUUUUAGGUUUGUCACUGCAAACAAGCCUGCUGACAGAAAUCGGUAUUCAUCUGGAUGACUUGGAGAAAAACACAUCCUUUUCGUUAGCAACUGUUUUGGAUCCUCGUUAUAAAGGACACCCUUUCACAAAGGAAGUCCGAGAAGACAUACUAAGAAGUUUAGAAUACCACGUGAAAUUGGCCAAUAAUCAUCAGUUUGGAAGAAUCUAG